AGGCUUUUUUUUCUUUUCACCAGGCACUAUGUCGAUGCCUCCUCAUGCCCUCCUGUUGGCCAGUGUGCUCAACAAAUAUUAUUUACUAUGUGGAAAAGAAUAAAAACCAAGACAAGCCACAUAAAAGCAACCUAAAAAUUAAACUGUCAUCAUAUUAUUUGUUUUAAAACUAUGGAGUAAUAUAUCUGAGGAAGAUUUCUCUCAAAAUUGUUUUUCUCAAUUUCAAUCAUUAGAAAGACUUUCGAAUUAAUUUUGAUGAUCACUCCUUGGUUGAUGAUGCUUAGUGAUUUUAAAAUAGAAGUCAGGAUUGAGCCUGUAGUUCUGGAAUGAAAUGGCAACCUUUCCAUGCAGGACAACGUCCAACCAACUGAGCCACACCCUCCAGGGCCACUCCUUUUGACAGACAGUCCAAGAAGUCAGAAGACAUGUCUUCAUCUACAUGGCAUCUUUCCUUACCUCUAUGUGCCAUACGAUGGUUAUGGACAGCAGCCAGAAAGCUAUCUUUCUCAGAUGGCAUUCAGUAUCGACAGAGCACUUAAUGUGGCUUUAGGCACUCCAUCUUCCACUACUCAACACGUGUUCAAAGUGUCAUUAGUAUCAGGAAUGCCUUUUUAUGGUUAUCAUGAGAAGGAAAGACACUUUAUGAAGAUAUAUCUUUACAAUCCUGCAAUGGUGAAAAGGAUAUGUGAACUUUUGCAAAGUGGAGCCAUAAUGAAUAAAUUUUAUCAGCCUCACGAAGCGCAUAUUCCCUACCUCCUACAGCUCUUCAUUGACUACAAUCUGUAUGGAAUGAAUUUAAUAAAUCUAGCUGCUGUCAAGUUCCGGAAAGCAAGAAGGAAAAGUGAUCCAUUGCAUGCAACUGGAUCAUACAAGGACCGGCUACAAGGAAAUUCUCUUACUGGUACCUUAUUUCGGUGGGAAGAAAAUGAAAUACCAAGCUCUUUAAUACUGGAAGGUAUUGAACCACAGAGUACAUGUGAAUUAGAAGUAGAUGCUGUAGCUGCUGAUAUCUUAAAUCGGCUGGACAUUGAAGCUCAAAUUGAUGGAAAUCCUGGUCUACAGGCCAUAUGGGAAGAUGAAAAGCAACGGCGAAGAAAUAGAAAUGAAACUUCUCAAAUUAGCCAAACUGAAUCACAAGAUCGCAGGUUUGUGCCAGCCACAGAAAGUGAAAAAAAAUUUCAGAAGAGACUUCAGGAAAUUCUCAAACAGAAUGAUUUCUCUGUAAGGUUAUCAGGAUCUGUGGACUAUAACGACGGAUCCCAGGAGUUCUCUGCUGAGUUAACAUUGCACUCUGAGGUCCUGUCUCCUGAAAUUCUUCAGUGUACACCAGCUAAUAUGGUAGAAGUCCACAAAGACACAGAGUUCAGCAAAGGUCACACUAGACAAAAAGUAGAAGAAGCUCUUAUUAAUGAAGAAGCAAUUUUGAACCUCAUGGAAAAUAGCCAGACUUUUCAGCCUUUGACCCAAAGACUGAGUGAGACACCAGUUUUCUUGGACAGCAGUCCUGAUGAGGCUCUGGUACAUCUUCUUGCUGGUUUGGAAAAUGAUGGAUAUCAGGGGGAAAGAAAUAGAAAGCCACCAUGUCUUUCCCUUGGAAACACUAAAAACCCCCAAAAUAGUGAUGAUGAAGAAAAUGAACCACAGAUUGAAAAAGAAGAAAUGGAGCUUAGUUUGGUUAUGUCUCAGAGAUGGGACAGCAAUAUUGAAGAACAUUGUGCCACAAAAAGAUCACUGUGCCGAAAUACCCAUAGAAGCUCAACUGAAGAAGAUGAUUCAUCUUCAGAAGAAGAAAUGGAAUGGAGUAAUAACAGUUUGCUUCUAGCCAAUCUUUCUAUACCUCAGUUAGAUGGAACUGCAGAUGAAAAUAGUGACAAUCCAUUGGACAAUGAAAAUUCUAGAACCCACUCUUCUGUGAUUGCAACAAGCAAGCUCUCAGUAAAACCUUCCAUCUUUCACAAAGAUGCUGCUACAUUAGAACCCUCAUCUUCUGCUAAGAUUACCUUUCAGUGUAAACACACAAGUGCCCUUUCUUCCCAUGUUUUGAACAAGGAAGAUUUAAUUGAAGACUUUUCACAGCCAAACAAUACAGAAAAAGGUCUAGAUCAUUCAGUUGCUUCUUUUACAAAUGAAAGCACUUACUCUGUGAAAUACCCUGGAUCUUUAAGCAGUACUGCCCAUUCAGAAAACUCUCAAAAAGAAAGUAGUAAGAAAGAUAUCCUUCCAGUAUCUUCCUGUGAAAAUAGUGUUUUUGAUUAUGAUGAAGAUAUUCCAUCUGUUACAAGACAAGUACCAAGUAGAAAGUAUACAAACAUUAGAAAAAUCGAUAAGGAUGCCCCUUUUAUACAUAUAAACCGUCACACUAGCGAAAAUACAUUGGGCAAAAAUUCUUUCAACUUUUCUGACUUAAAUCAUUCAAAAAAUAAAUUAUCUUCUGAAAGAAAUGAAAAGGGAAAUAGCACAGCUCUGAACAGUUUAUUCCCUUCAUCAUUAACUGAAAAUUGUGAAUUGCUAUCAUGCUCAGAGGAGAAUAAAACUAUGGUACAUUCUCUUGAUAGCAUUGCUGAUGAAAGUGGACUCAAUAAACUUAAAAUUAGAUAUGAAGAAUUUCAAGAACAUAAAACAGAAAAGCCAAAUCUCAGCCAGCAAGCAGCACAUUACAUGUUUUUUCCCAGUGUUGUUCUUUCUAAUUGUCUCAGUAGACCACAGAAACUCUCUCCUGUCACAUAUAAACUACAACCCAGUAAUAAACAGUCCCGGUUAAAAAUGAAUAAAAAGAAACUUGUAGGUCAUCAAGAGACUUCUACCAAAACUAGUGAGACAGGAUCAACAAAAGAUAAUUAUAUACAAAAUAAUUCUUGUAAUAGUAAUUCUGAGAAGAAUAAUGUAUUGGCCAGUGAUUUAACUAAAGUCACCCGUGGAGUUUUUGAAAAUAAAACACCUACAGACAGUUUUAUAGACUGUCACUUUGGAGAUGGAACCUUAGAAACUGAGCAGUCCUUUGGAUUGUAUGGAAAUAAAUACACCCUUAGAGCCAAACGCAAGGUAAAUUAUGAGACUGAAGAUAGUGAGUCAAGUUUUGUAACACACAACUCAAAAAUUAGUCUACCUCAUCCCAUGGAAAUUGGUGAAAGUUUAGAUGGAACUCUCAAAUCUCGAAAACGAAGAAAAAUGUCUAAAAAGCUGCCCCCUGUUAUUAUAAAGUAUAUUAUUAUUAAUAGAUUUAGAGGGAGAAAAAAUAUGCUUGUGAAGCUAGGAAAAAUAGACUCUAAAGAAAAACAGGUAAUAUUAACAGAGGAAAAAAUGGAACUAUAUAAAAAGCUUGCACCUUUAAAGGAUUUUUGGCCAAAAGUUCCUGAUUCCCCUGCAACCAAAUAUCCCAUUUAUCCACCAACACCAAAGAAAAGUCACAGAAGAAAAACAAAACAUAAAUCUGCUAAGAAAAAAACUGGUAAGCAACAAAGGACAAAUAGUGAAAAUAUAAAAAGAACUUUGUCUUUCCGGAAAAAGCGUUCACAUGCUAUUCUUUCUCCUCCCUCACCAUCUUAUAAUGCUGAAACCGAAGACUGUGACUUAAAUUAUAGUGAUGUUAUGUCUAAAUUAGGUUUUCUUUCUGAGAGAAGCACAAGUCCCAUAAAUUCUUCUCCACCUCGGUGCUGGUCUCCCACAGAUCCAAGAGCUGAAGAAAUUAUAGCUGCUGCAGAUAAAGAAGCAGUGCUUUUUAAGGGUCCUAAUGUAUAUAAUAGCAAGACUGUUAAUUCUAGUAUAGAAAAAAAUAGUCGAGCAAGAACGCAGGUGAAGAAAUCAAAAAUAAAGCUUGUUAAUCCCUCAGUAGUUACUAAGAAAAGGAACAAACGAAAUCAAACAAAUAAAAUAUUAGAUGAUGGGAAAAAGAAGCCGAGAACAAAACAGAAACAAAAAAAUGAAAAAGGUACAUCCAGAAAGCACAUAACACUUAAAGAUGAAAAACUAAAAUCUCAAUCUGGUACCGAAGUUACAUUUGUGCUGAAACAUCAGAAUGUAUCUGAGACCUCACAAAGUUCUAGUGAUUCUCAACUACUUAAUAAACAGAAAGAUGUGUCAGUAAUGGGCUCUGCUAUAGAUCAUUCCUUUUCUGCUCCCCAAACCACUGGAAUUCAUGCACAACAGAAUUUAUCUGGCUGCUUUUCUUCUUUCUUAGAAAGCAAGAAGCCUGUAGAUUUGCAAACAUUCCCCAGUUCUCGAGAUGAUUUGCAUCCUUCAGUUGUUUGUAAUUCUUUGGGACCUGGAAACUCAAAAAUUAAUGUUCAAAGGCCUCAUAAUCAAAGUGCCAUGUUUACUCUAAAGGAAUCAACUCUGAUCCAAAAAAAUAUAUUUGACCUUUCAAACCAUUUGUCUCAGGUUGCACAGAAUACACAAAUAUCUUCGGGUAUAAUGUCCCCAAAGACAGAAGAGAAUGCAAAUACGCAAAAGAACUAUUUGUCAUCCUUUGGAAAAUUAAAUGAAUAUCGUAAUUCCCUAGAAUCAAAGCCAGACCAGGCAUAUGCCCCUAAUUUUUUGCAUUGCAAAGAUAGUCAGCAGCAGCUUGUGUGCGUGGCAGAACAGUCAAAGCACAGCGAAACUUAUUCUCCAGGAAAUGCAGCAUCAGAAGAAAGUCAAAUGUCUAAUUACUUUGUAACUUCCCUGAGAAGUCCAAUCAAGCAAAUAGCAUGGGAACAAAAACAAAGGGGCUUUAUUUUAGGUGUGUCAAAUAUUAAACCUGAGAGGGUAAAACAGAAAUCAUUGUCAGAAGCAGUUUCACAAACCAAAGCAUUUUCUCAGUGUAAAAGUCAAAAUGUGUCAGCACCUUCAGCAUUUGGUGAAGGACAGUCCGGACUGGCAGUUCUGAAAGAAUUGUUACAGAAAAGACAGCAGAAAGCACAAAAUGCAAAUAUUAUGCAAGAUCCAUUAUCUAAUAACCAUCAAACAAACAACAAUAUUUCCAUUCCCCUUGAGCAUAACAAAACAACUAAACGAACACGAUCCGUAACAUCUCCAAGAAAACCUCGAACUCCCAGAAGUACAAAACCUAAAGACAAAAUCCCCAAACGUCUCAAAGUAGACGCCAUAAAUUUACAAAACUCUGGCCAGUUGGAUAACUCCCUGUCGGAUGAUAGUCCCAUCUUUUCUUCAGAUCCAGGUUUUGAAAGUUGUUACUCACUUGAAGAUAGCUUGUCUCCUGAACAUAAUUAUAAUUUUGAUAUUAAUACAAUUGGUCAGACUGGAUUUUGUAGCUUUUAUUCUGGGAGUCAGUUUGUCCCCGCUGAUCAGAAUUUGCCUCAGAAGUUCCUAAGUGAUGCAGUUCAGGAUCUUUUCCCAGGACAAACUAUAGAAAAAGCUGAGUUUUUAAAUCAUGAUAACAAGAAGUGUGAUGAAGACAAACAUCAUGCUUCAGACUCAUCUUUGUGGAUUAGAUCUGCUACUCUAAGUCCUGAACUAUUUGAUAAAUCAUCCAUAGAGAGCAAUGAGAAUCAUCGCCACAACCAGUGGAAAAAUAGCUUCCAUCCUCUAACAACUCGGUCUAAUUCAAUAAUGGAUUCUUUCUGUGUCCAGCAGGCAGAGGACUGUCUAAAUGAAAAAUCCAGACUGAAUAGGAGUUCAGUAAGCAAAGAAGUGUUUUUUAGCCUCUCACAGCCUGGCAGUUCAGAUUGGAUUCAAGGUCAUACCAGAAAAGAAAUGGGACAAUCUCUUGACUCAGUCAAUGCCUCUUUCACUACAAUACUAUCCUCCCCUGAUGGUGAACUUGUCGAUGCAGCCUCUGUGGAUUUAGAUUUGUAUGUUUCAAGAAAUAAUGAUAUAUUGACACCAACUCCUGAUAGUUCACCAAGGUCUGCCAGCUCUCCCUCACAAUCUAAAAAUGGCAAUUUCACCCCUCGAACUGCUCACAUUCUGAAACCACUUAUGUCCCCUCCAAGUAGGGAAGAAAUUAUGGCCACUUUGUUGGAUCAUGACCUUUCAGAAACUAUUUACCAGGAACCAUUUUGCAGUAAUCCUUCUGAUGUACCAGAAAAGCCCAGGGAGAUCGGCGGACGGCGUCUCAUGGUAGAAACUCGACUUCCAAAUGAUCUAGCUGAGUUUGAGGGAGAUUUUUCAUUGGAAGGACUUCGUCUGUGGAAAACAGCAUUCUCGGCAAUGACUCAAAACCCAAGACCAGGGUCACCCUUUCGUAAUGGCCAAGCAUUUGUCAAUAAAGGGUCAAGUAAUAGCCAUAAAAUGGUGGAAGAUAAAAAAAUUGUGAUUAUGCCUUGUAAAUGUGCCCCAAGUCGACAACUGGUUCAAGUAUGGCUUCAAGCCAAAGAAGAAUAUGAACGUUCCAAGAAACUGUCUAAAACUGAGCCAGCUGGAGUUGUAAAAUCUGCUGAGAACUUCAGCUCUUCAGUUAACCCAGAUGACAAACCUGCAGUGCCUCCAAAAAUGGAUACAACUCCACAUAUACUCCCCACUACAGCACAUACCAAGGAAGAUGUUGAUAAUUUUCAGAUUGCUUUACAAGUUUCAACCACAGGAUGUAGUCAAACUGCAAGUGAAAGUCAGAUGCUGCCCCCAGCUGUUUCUACAAAUGAUCCUGAGAAAGAUGAAGAUGAUGAUGAUGACUAUUAUUCUAGUUAUAGCUCCCCUGAUUCUCCAGUAAUUCCACCUUGGCAACAAGCAGUAUCCCCAGAUCCCAAAACACUGAAUGGAGAUGACCGACCCUUAUCAGCAGUGGAGGAACUAUGUUCCCUGGCUGUGGAGAACCUCUUAAAGCCAGUAAAAGAUGGUAUACAAAAAAGCCCCUGCAGUGAGCCUCGGGAUCCUCUUAUGAUAUCUCCAAUCAAUGUUAGGGCAAAAACUGGGAUAUGUGAUUCACUUUGCCUUCAUAGUACACCAAUCAUACAGAGAAAACUUCUGGAAAGACUUCCUGAAGCAACGGGCCUUAGCCCUUUAUCAACAGAACCAAAAACUCAGAAAUUGAGUCAUAAGAAAGGAAGUAAUACUGACACUCGUAGAAGAAUAUUCUUAACACAAGCAAAGAAUCAAUUUGCAGCAGUAAAUACCCCAAAGAAAGAAACUUCUCAGAUCGAUGGACCAUCUUUAAACAACACUUACGGUUUUAAAGUCAGCAUACAAAACUUACAGGAAGCAAAAGCUUUACAUGAGAUACAAAAUCUUACCCUCAUCAGUGUGGAGUUACAUGCUCGAACUAGACGAGACUUAGAACCAGAUCCUGAAUUUGACCCAAUCUGUGCUCUGUUCUACUGCAUCUCAUCUGAUACUCCACUACCAAAUACAGACAAAACAGAACUCACGGGUGUAAUAGUGAUUGAUAAAGACAAGACAGUCUCCAGUCAAGAUAUCAGAUAUCAGACCCCGUUACUCAUUAGAUCUGGAAUUACAAGACUAGAAGUUACCUAUGCUGCUGAUGAGAAGGGACUUUUUCAAGAAAUUGCAGAUAUAAUAAAGAGGUAUGACCCUGAUAUUCUGCUAGGGUAUGAGAUUCAGAUGCAUUCCUGGGGUUACCUCUUACAGAGGGCUGCUGCCUUAAGUGUCGAUUUAUGUCAGAUGAUCUCUCGGGUGCCAGAUGACAAAAUUGAGAACAGAUUUGCUGCUGAAAGAGAUGACUAUGGGUCAGAUACAAUGAGUGAGAUAAAUAUUGUUGGCCGAAUUACACUGAAUCUUUGGCGAAUCAUGAGAAAUGAGGUGGCUCUGACUAACUACACCUUUGAAAACGUGAGCUUUCACGUUCUUCAUCAGCGUUUUCCCCUCUUUACCUUUCGAGUCUUAUCAGAUUGGUUUGAUAACAAGACAGAUCUAUACAGAUGGAAAAUGGUUGAUCAUUACAUCAGCCGUGUGCGCGGAAAUCUCCAAAUGUUAGAACAGCUGGACCUGAUUGGAAAAACCAGUGAAAUGGCUAGACUUUUUGGCAUUCAGUUUUUACAUGUACUGACAAGGGGUUCACAGUACCGUGUGGAGUCAAUGAUGUUGCGUAUUGCUAAACCAAUGAACUAUAUUCCUGUGACACCUAAUGUACAGCAGAGGUCCCAAAUGAGAGCCCCACAAUGUGUCCCCCUAAUUAUGGAGCCUGAAUCUCGCUUCUAUAGCAACUCUGUUCUUGUUCUGGAUUUCCAGUCACUAUAUCCUUCUAUUGUGAUUGCAUACAACUACUGUUUUUCCACCUGCCUUGGCCAUGUGGAGAACUUGGGAAAGUUUGAUGAGUUCAAAUUUGGCUGUACCUCCCUGAGAGUGCCUCCAGAUUUACUUUACCAAAUUAGGCAUGACAUCACAGUGUCCCCCAAUGGAAUAGCUUUUGUCAAGCCUUCAGUAAGAAAGGGUGUGCUACCAAUAAUGUUGGAAGAAAUUUUGAAGACUAGACUCAUGGUGAAGCAGUCAAUGAAGGCUUAUAAGCAAGACAGAGCCCUUUCACGAAUGCUCGAUGCACGACAGCUAGGACUUAAGCUUAUAGCAAAUGUCACAUUUGGCUAUACAGCUGCUAAUUUUUCUGGGAGAAUGCCAUGCAUUGAGGUUGGUGAUAGUAUUGUUCACAAAGCCAGGGAGACCUUGGAACGAGCUAUUAAACUGGUGAAUGAUACCAAGAAAUGGGGAGCAAGGGUUGUGUAUGGUGAUACUGACAGUAUGUUUGUGCUACUGAAAGGAGCUACUAAGGAGCAGUCUUUUAAGAUUGGUCAGGAAAUUGCUGAAGCUGUAACUGCUACCAAUCCCAAACCAGUGAAAUUGAAGUUUGAAAAGGUAUAUUUACCCUGUGUUUUACAAACAAAAAAGAGAUAUGUGGGUUACAUGUAUGAAACACUGGAUCAAAAGGACCCAGUAUUUGAUGCAAAAGGAAUAGAAACAGUCAGAAGAGAUUCCUGCCCUGCUGUUUCUAAGAUACUUGAGCGUUCUCUAAAGCUGCUAUUUGAAACAAGAGAUAUAAGUUUAAUUAAACAGUAUGUUCAGCGACAAUGUAUGAAGCUUAUGGAAGGAAAGGCCAGCAUUCAAGAUUUUAUCUUUGCCAAGGAAUACAGAGGAAGUUCCUCUUACAAACCUGGAGCUUGUGUGCCAGCCCUUGAGCUUACAAGGAAAAUGCUUACCUAUGACCGGCGCUCUGAGCCUCGAGUUGGGGAGCGAGUGCCAUACGUGAUCAUUUACGGGACCCCCGGAGUACCACUCAUCCAGCUGGUGAGGCACCCCGUGGAACUCCUGCAGGACCCGACUCUGAGACUGAAUGCCACUUACUACAUCACCAAGCAGAUCCUCCCACCCCUGGCAAGAGUCUUCUCACUUAUUGGUAUUGAUGUCUUCAACUGGUAUCACGAAUUACCAAGGAUCCAGAAAGCCACCAGCUCCUCUCGAAGUGACCCUGAAGGGCGGAAAGGCACCAUUUCACAGUAUUUCACUACCUUGCACUGUCCUGUGUGUGACGACCUGACUCAGCACGGCGUCUGUAGUAAAUGUCGGAGCCAACCUCAGCAUGUCGCAGUCAUCCUCAACCAAGAAAUUCGGGAGUUGGAACGCAAACAGGAGCAACUCGUAAAGAUUUGCAAGAACUGCACAGGUUGCUUUGAUCGACAUAUCCCGUGUGUUUCUCUGAACUGCCCUGUACUUUUCAAACUCUCCCGAGUAAAUAGAGAAUUAUCCAAGGCACCAUAUCUUCGGCAAUUACUAGACCAGUUUUAAAUUCUCAAUAUCACAGAAUUCCAGGUGCUAUUUUUUUCAGUGUUUACCACUAAACUGUUGUGCAUGGUGCUUUUUCAACUUUCAUCAAGUCAAGUAUGUUCAUUGUCUAUUAUCUGAAGACUAUGAAGACUUUUAUGCUAAUUGAAUUAAAAAUUGUACUUGUUGAUCUCUGAAUAGCUCACUUCUUACAAUGUACAAAUUCCUCAUCCUUUCACCCUUCAACAUUGUUUUAUAAUGCAGGUGUGGCAUUUGCUCCAGUAUGUGUAACAUCUUGUAAAUCCAUUUGAGUAGAUCAUAUUUACUUCCCUGUGGAAGGAGCACUGAAAAACCUUUUUUAAAAAACCAUUCGUGUGUUUUCCUUGAACUGUCUGUAUCAAGACGUGUUACUUAGAGAUAUCCAUUCACUUUAUAAUUUUGACUGCGAAAUAUUUUGUAAAUACACUUUUUUACUUUUCAAACAACUGAGUAAAAUGUGCAAUGAAUUUUAUACAAAUGAUUUUCAAGUUGUUUGAUAUAUUUCCUCUAGGUUUUGCUUGACUCAGAGUAGAGUUGUUAUUCUGAUCAAACUGUGCAAACAGUAGUACCACGUGUAGCAUUUUGAAACAUUAUUUUCUAAAACCGCUGUCUUGCUGUAGCUAUUAAUGGGGCAUUGUGAGGAACUGUGCAAAGACAUUUUUGUUACAAACCUGUGGGCCUGUUGCAAUACUUUAAAAAUAAAAAAUUUUAUUCCAUUUUUGCUUGUUUUGUAUAGACAUUUCUAUUGCUUCUAAAUAUGCUUAAAAUAUUUUCUUUUCUUAUGUACUGUACAGUUAAUCUUAUUUGCCAUCAUCUUGAACACAAAAUGUGUAUUUAGAAUAUUUGUAUAACUGUAUAAAAUGAAGAAGGAAUUAUGUGAUCAGUGCAUUGUUUUUUAAACUGGAAAUCAUUUUGUUUUAAAAGUUAAUAAUGGAAACCCUAUUAAAAUUGAAUAAAAUAUGAAAUGUG